AUGGGAAAGAAGAAGUACGUCUACCUGCAGCUGUCGAUGAACAGCAUCGUGCUGGGCAAGGUAUACAUCCAACUGUUUGAUGAUGCAGAAGUGAAGAACUCAGUGGAGAACUUCCUCUCCCUGUGCAGAGGUAACAAGUACCACAGCGUGUACUCAGGGGAACCAUUAUCAUAUAAACACUGUAUUGUGGAAAAGGUGAAAAAGAAUAAGUGUAUAAAAAGCGGCUACCUGCGAUGCAAAGUCACGCAUGAUACCAGUGGCCAAAUCAUCCCUCCCUCGAAUCGUAAAAACAAUGAAGAAAAGUAUGAACAAGUUGAAUGUAUUUUCGGCCCCAGUUACAAAAAAGAGAAUUCACAAAGGAGACAUACAAAUGCAGGCCUUCUCACCAUGGUCCAGGUGGGACCCAAACGUUGCUCCUCUGUUUUUAAAAUCACCCUCAAUGCUGUUAAUAAAUAUAAUGGAAAAAAUACAGUCAUUGGUCGAGUCGUUAAAAAUAUGCACAUCCUCAGGGCCAUCGAGUUGAUGCCAGUUACAAGCAAUUUCCAACCUAAAGUUUGUAUAUACGUUUCUGAAUGUAAUGAGGUCAGUGAGUCUUUCUUCAAAGGAGAGCGCGUUUCCUCCAGGCAGCAAUACAUUGACAGCCUCUUUGCAAAUGCCGCCAAUGCUAGCGAUGGUAGCAGUGACGACAGUGGGAGCGCUGCGGCAGGCGCGCAGGGGAACCACAAGGACCCCUUCAGGAAAAUCUUGGCCAAGGGGAAAAAGGGAAAGACAGACAAGACGGAAAAGCAGAAGGGGGUAGAGCUGCUCAAUCGGAUCCUGUCCGACAUCGACGCGCUCUCCAGGGGGGAGGCACUGCCCAAGGGGGAAGCACUGCAUAAGGGGGAUGUACUUCAUAAGGGGGAAGAAUUGCAGAAGGGAGAAGAAGUGCGCACGGUGGACGCAGUGAAGACGACAGAUGCAGUGCACAAGGCAGACGCGGUGAAGAAGGCAGACGAGGCGAAGAGCCUCCCGCGCAAAAUGACGGACAGGCAGAAGAGGUUCCUCGAAAUUGAACUCAAGAUAAACCAGUCAAAGGGGCUGAACGAAGUGGAGGCCACGCGGGAGAGGUUGACUGGGCACCUCCCCACGCGAACCACCCCCGCAGCCAAGACAGACGAGUAUGCCUGUUACCACUAUGAGCAGAAUGCUAGUGUUACCAACGCAUGUGGGAAGCGGCCAACGCCGGGGGAUGGGCCCGGGGACCCACCCAUUAGUGAUGACGACAAACCCAAUGGAGGAGACGACCCACCCAGCAGUAGCGACGACAAAGAAGAAGCCGCGCCCAUCUACACAACCAGCGCUGCUCAGGCAAAAAGCGUCUCCAAAAAGAAAAACAAAAAAGACCUGAUCGAAGUCGACAGGGAUAAAAAAUUUUUUAAAAAAAUGAAAUUCAAUUUUUCAAUAAACAGAAAUAUAUAUGAUGAGCAAAAAAAAAAAAUGGGAAAAAGUUUUUACGGACACGACUUGUUAAUGACAGACGCAUCCAAGUGCACCGACAGUGACAAGAAUAAGGUCAUUAACUUUUGCAGGAAGCAACAGAUCGUCCGCUCCACACUCAGUCGUAAAAGAAACAAAGAGAAUGAAGUCUUCAAAAAUUACAUAAACAGGAGGAACAAAAUGUAUAACAAAAAACUCGACCGCUACUUCAACCAGCACACGGCAGAAAUUAGGCAAAACUUGGAGCGCGGCGGGUAG